CUGCAAUGAGGCUCACAACUCCUACUUCCACAAUACGUGGUCCCUUCCCAAUGCUACUGCCUUCAUCCAGCCAGUCACAGGAAGCCACGUGUCGGAUGCAUUGCUUAACUUCGAGCAUCUACUUUUCCCUUUUCCCUCUCUCACGCCUCCUUUUCAUUUUAUUCUCCAUCCCUAUUUUUUUAUUUUUUUGUUAAUUCUAUUCUCUUUGAUCCCCUCUCCGAUAACUGCAUUUGGAGUUAUGCAGGUGGUGAUUGAGGAACAAGAGAGUUUGGACAUGCAUUGUUCUACCCGUUGGGAGUAAGAGAUGAAUAUCUUUGCUCUUUUAACGUCUGCGGGCAUAAACAUAGGCAUCUGUGCUCUGCUGUUGUCACUGUAUUCUGUCUUGAGAAAGCAGCCGGGCAAUGUUAGUGUGUACUUUGGCAGAAGACUCGCUGAACAACAAAAUAGGUCUUUAGAUUCAUUCAGUUUGGAGAGAUUUGUGCCCUCGCCUGGUUGGAUAGUCAAGGCUUGGAAAACUUCGGAUGAGGAAAUACUGGCUUCUGCUGGUUUGGAUGCUGUGGCCUUUGUCAGGAUGCUUGUUUUCAGUAUUCGUAUCUUCUCCAUUGCUGCUGUUGUUUGUUUGUUUGGAGUACUCCCACUGAAUUAUUACGGACAGUACAGGCAUCAUGUGAAAAUUCCAUCAGAGUCCUUGGAUGUUUUUACUAUUGCGAAUGUCGAGCAAGGAUCUCGAUGGCUUUGGGUUCAUUGCCUGGCAUUGUAUAUCAUAUCUUGUUCAGCUUAUGUUCUUCUUUACUUUGAAUACAGGAGAAUUGCUCAAAUGAGAUUAAUUCAUAUUACUCAAUCUUCUCCAAAUCCUAGCCAUUUUACAGUUCUAGUGAGAUCUAUCCCAUGGCCAGAAGAAGGAUCGCUCAGUGAUGUUGUACAUAAUUUCUUCACAAAAUAUCAUGCAUCUAGUUAUUUAUCCCAUCAAAUGAUAUAUCGAGUUGGAAAGGUACAGAAACUCAUGAAUGACGCAGAAAAGGUGUAUAAGAAAGUAUGCUUGAAGGCUAACAUGAUGGACCAAAAACAUUGUCCUCUUAAAUAUAGAUCUGGUCUUUGUGUAGAAGCAGCCAAUACAUCCCAGUUAUCUCAUGACGAAUUUGAUCUCAGUGCAAAGAACAAGGACCUUGGCCUAUCGGAUUCAACUACCAAGCUACAGGAAUGUGCUGCUGCUUUUGUCUUUUUCAAGACUCGUUAUGCUGCAGUUAUCGCAUCAGAAGUUCUUCAGUCAUCAAACCCCAUGUCGUGGGUCACUGAUUUGGCUCCCGAACCGCAUGAUGUUCAUUGGUCAAAUCUUUGGAUACCAUAUAGACAACUUUGGUUUCGCCGUAUAGCUACUCGUCUUGCUAGCAUUGUUUUUAUGUUUUUGUUUAUAGUUCCUGUCACAUUUGUUCAAGGGCUUUCUCAGCUGGAUCAGUUGCAACAAGCAUUCCCUUUUCUUAAGGGUAUACUGAAAAAGAAAUUUAUGAACCAGAUAGUGACUGGCUACCUCCCUAGUGUAAUUUUUGUGCUAUUUCUUUAUACUGUCCCUCCAACUAUGAUGCUGUUUUCUACUUUGGAAGGAUCGUUCUCUCGCGGUGGCAGGAAAAGAAGCACAUGUUACAAGGUCUUGUAUUUUACUAUAUGGAAUGUGUUCUUUGCCAAUGUCUUAUCUGGAUCUAUUAUCAGCCAGCUAAAUACCAUAUCGAGUCCGAAGGAAAUACCUACACAGCUUGCCAAAGCUGUCCCAAGGCAGGCUACUUUCUUCAUCACUUAUGUUUUGACCUCAGGAUGGGCAAGUUUAUCCUCGGAAGCAAUUCGGCUCUUUUCUCUCAUAUGGAACUUCACAAAGAAAUACAUAUUUGGAAGAAAGAAUGAUCCUACCUCUGUCCCGUCAUUUCCUUAUCACACUGAAGUUCCAAGAGUUCUCCUGUUCGGACUACUUGGUUUCACUUGUGCAAUACUGGCACCUUUAAUAUUGCCUUUUUUGCUGGUGUACUUCUUGCUUGGUUACGUUGUGUAUCGCAACCAGAUUCUUAAUGUCUAUGUCUCAAAAUAUGAGACCGGGGGAAGAAUGUGGCCUAUUGCUCACAACACUACAAUCUUCUCUUUGCUGUUGGCACAGAUAAUAGCUCUGGGUGUUUUUGGGGUAAAGAAAUCACCGGUUGCAUCUGGUUUUGUUAUCCCACUUCUGAUAUUUACCCUCCUCUUCAGUGAGUACUGCAGACAGCGGUUUCGUCCUAUUUUUGAGAAAUUUUCUGCUCAGGAUCUCAUUGAGAUGGACAAAGAAGAUGAGACAUGUGGGAGGAUGGAUGAGAUUCACCAGCAAUUGCAGUCAGCCUACCGUCAAUUCUCCCCAGACAGUGACUCCAGUGAAUCAGCUGAAGAUGAUGGUUCAAUUGCCAGGGAUGUUGAUGUUAAAGAUUGUUCUAAUUAGGAUUUGGAAAAUGAGCUGUACCAUCCUGCUCUCAGUUCUGUCCCUCCCCACGAGUUUAUAACAAGUCGUCAAGUCCGUGGAAUUACUUGCACGUGUCCAUAGUAAAACCUCAUCAGUAUAAAAUGAAAGGUUUUUUUUUUUUUUUUUUAGAAUAUAUUUAUUGAUUUAUGUACAUCUAUCGUCAUUUUUCCUAUUCAUAAAUAUGGUCGAGUUCCUUGUACACAUAUAUCAAUCAGCAUUUACCUAGGCGGUUAGUUUGCGAGUAAGGUGGCUAUAGUAGAUGAUUUUUGGAGACGUGAAAUGACUGAUUAUAUACCGGAAUAUACAAUUUUAUUGCCUAGAGCAAAUAUGUAUGGUUCAGUAAAUUCAA